AUGGCAAAUUAUCCUGAUGAUGGGGUAAUUAGUGACACUAUGACAAGUAGUGAUGUAGUCGAGGAUCAAAAAGUUGAGAUGCGGCAGAACUUGACUGAACUUGAAGGUAGUGUUCAAGCAGCAAGGGACGAUGGUUUUGCUAAUGGGAGUACUACCAUUGAUUCUGUCGAAUGA